AUGAGGCAGCAAACGUCCGGGUGUGCUAAAACGAUCACUGAGCAGCUGUGCUUCUCGCAGAUUUACGAAUUACAUCGCAUCUUUCCGCCAAACGGUCAACCCAAUCAGCUAUUGGUGAAAAAAAUCGGAUACUGUAUAGAAAUCGGUAUCACGUUCGUUAAGGAUAGCAAUGCAUGUAUUUGUACCAAAUGCGUUGGCUUGAUCGAAGAGUUCUUCCGUUUCAAGCAACUUUGCAGUGCCAACGAGCAGUGGCUAAAAUCGGAUCAUCACGGUCACGUGGCAACAAGUGCGCAUCCAGGCCCAGAUGUAGACGUUCAGGAGCAGGGCUUGUUAGUGAAGUCCCAUAGUUGUAGCUCACUGCUCACCAUCGAAACUGAACAAGUCAAUACUAGUGACGAUUAUUGCGAGACUACAUUGAACGGAACAAACUCUUUCAUCGAGCGCCCUGAAAAAUCUAAGAAUCUGAACGAGUCUGCUAACACUGAGGUUAGUAGCAGCGGACGCAGUAUGCGAGCUCGUAAACCUACCACAAUGAUCGCACCCAGCAACCAAUUUAAUGAGGUAUCCAGGAUUUCAGUUAAAUCUGAGAUACAAUCGGAUGUUGAGGAGGUACACGAAACAGAUUCUGCUGAGUACUCAACGGAAGGUAGUGAUUUUUCAAUUGAACAAAGUUCAUCCGGAUCAGAUGUUUUUCAAUUGGUUCGCGGUUCCAAGAGCCGAUCUAAUCUUCAAUAUCUGGUGUAUCAUGGUUAUCGAUAUAGUAAUAAAAAUAACGGAAAGAUUUGGCGGUGUACUCAUCACGCGCCAAUAUGUUGUAAAGCGAUGGUAAUGUUAGAGAAAAAUCGCGUUAUUGAACUGAACCACCAUUUCCACAAUCAUCCUCCCCCGACAAAGCCCCGGAUGAAGACCAAGCCAAAUGUAAACGAUGACAAUAACGUGAAACCAGAAAAAAACGUUAAAAUUUCGUUGGUUCUGAAAAAGGAAAAGAAUACACUGCAACGAGUCAGCAAAAUGAACAACAUAUCAAAACAAGGUCAACCCAAUAAUUGGUUCAUCAAAGCCAAUCGAAAAACUGUAGACGGAUUCACUUACACAUUUUGCGGUCUCAGAAAAGAUGGAGUUAUUCGUCUGAAAUGUAUUACUAAGAACUGUGCUGGUCGUAUUUACGUCAACAGUAACGGGGACUUGCUUCGAACGAACAAGGAGCAUUGCCACCCGCCGCAUUCUAGUCAUCCACGGCUUACAUAGUAACGAGUUACAUAGUACGAGCGAUGAGAAGUCGUUACCACAGUUUUAGAACGUUUCCAAUGGCUCUUGGUGCUGAAUCUGUGGCGAAUUAUUGGGUUCUAGCCAUUAGUAUAAUAGCUGUAAGAAUUAAAGUGCGAGUUCUAGUAACCGGGGAAAAUAUUACUAAAACUAAGAAAUGGAAUCUAUACUUUAUUUUCAUUGUUUCAUCGAACAUUUGCCACAUACCAAAAUAGAUUGCAGCAGUGUAACCCACGAAAACGAAAAAUAAGCUAAUAAAAUCAAAACAGUAUAAUCAUCAAAUCAUAUACA